CUCAGGGUGAGAAACGCCCAAUGCCAGUUUGAGACAACAUUUUCCUCUUGCGCAUUCGUCCUCUCAAGCAACCCUCCCGAAUCCUUUAUUUGCAUACUGGAAGCUGUGACGACCGGCAAUUAAUACUUCAACAACCACCCGGAGCGGUCCUCCCAACCACCACGAUGCGCACAUCCACCGUCCUUCUGGCGCUGCCAGCGCUCUCCACCGCCCAGCAAUUCCCCUUCGUCGACCAAGUCAAAGCCUUUUUCGGCCAGGCCAGCGCAAGCAUAAGCUCCGCCAUCCCCGAAGCCUCCAUUCCCCCCAUCCCGAACCCCAUCGCCGCCGGCGCAGCCGCCAUCGCAGCCGCCAACGUCCAGCGCCUUACCCUCGACAAUCACGAAAGGGUUCUGCGGCCCGGCGCAGCGACUGCCAGCCCGGGGGUAGAAGAGUGGAUGAUCUUCGUGACGGGCGGCAACAAGACGUGUUUCGGGAAUUGCAAGGGGGUGGAGCAGACGUUCAACGAGUCCGUCGCGUUGAUCUCCGCCUCGCCCAGCCCGCCUAACCUCGCUCUGCUCGACUGCGAGACGGACGGCGUGCUCUGCAACGCCUGGACCGUCACCAUCCCCAGCAUCUUGCACCUCCAAAUCCCGCAGCCGCUGGCCGAUCAGUCCAAGCCUUCGACCACCAUCCGCUACAUCGCCGUGAACCGCACGAGCGCCACGGCGCCUGAAUUCGCCGCGCUGCAUUUGCAGGAAAAGUACAAGGAGACACAGCCGUACGAUGGCUUCUUCCACCCCUUCAGCGGCCCGUUGGCCAUUGCGGGCGCUCUAAUCCCCUUCGGUUAUCUCAUGUGGGGUAUUGCGAAGGUUCCCUCGUGGGCGAUCAUGAUUGGUAUCAGUUUCUUCAGCCGGACGUUCAUGGGCCGGAGAUUUGGACCCCAGGCUGGCCGAGACGGACAAGCCCCGGCGGCGGCGGCGCCAGCGGCACCUGCGCAGUAAGCUGACUAAGGGAGAGAGAGGGAGUGGUAGGGCAGAUGUCAGGCUUGUGAUAUUACGAAUGUGUAUAUAGUACGUGUAGUUAGAAGGGGCGGUUGGGAAA